UCGUUGAUAUCGGCGAAACAGCGGUUUUAUUAUCGCGAACGGAACAGGAAACAGCUCAGUCGGUGCGAGUACUUUUUUGUAACGAGCACGUCCGUUCCCAAGAAAAUAUUUCUAAAUCCAAUUUACGAUGCUAAACGGGGAAGAAAAGCCGGUCUGCCGAAUUUUAUAUCGACAGUCGUCCGUGGAAAUAAACGGUGCAGACUUCGCGACUAGCGACAAACGCAUGCGGCAUCCGGAAGAUUUCCGCCGAGAACUAAAUCGAACGUUGAACGUCGUCAACCAGAAAAAGCGUCAAGAGAUUCUCGCCAACGAUGAGGCUUCGAGGAACGCUGCAACUGUCAAACGUCAAAACAAACCCGACGACACAAACAUGGCGACGUUACGGCCCAAAUCACCGAGGCCCGUCGGUCCGAAACCCGACAAAGACGAAUCGAUCUGGGAUAAAUUGGGUACCUUGGGCACGUUGGGACGCAAGAAACGCAUCAAGGAAGUGCAAGAGGUGCAGACGGAAGGGAAAUACGCGAUAGACUCCCCGGGGGCCCCGACCGCCCCCGAGAUACCGCCCGAGGAGUACAACUUGGAAGACAACGAAGAAAGAUGCCUGAUAGACGUGAAAGCGUACGAGGAUUCGAAAUUCCGCGAUCUGAUGACCGUUUUGAAGGAGUGGAUAAACGACGAGCUGGCCUCGCAGCGGAUAAUCGUCCAGGAGUUGGCAGAAGACUUGUACGACGGCCAGGUACUGCAGAAACUCCUCGAAAAGCUAACGAGCAACAAACUCGACGUCCCCGAAGUAACCCAAAGCGAGGAGGGCCAGAAACAGAAAUUGGCCGUCGUUUUGGGCCACUGCAAUCAAGUUUUGGGGUUGGGGCGGUCGGGACAUAACAGGUGGAGCGUCGAGUCGAUCCAUUCGAAAAACAUAGUGGCUAUUAUCCACUUGCUGGUUGCGUUGGCGCGGCAUUUUCGGCCCCCCGUGCGUCUCACGGAGAACGUGUCGGUUAACGUGUUUGUCGUGAAAAAGCAGCAAGGUCAGCUGGUGACCAACAAGGUGCGCGAAAACCUGACGACUUCGUACGACGACGUCGGGAUGAGGUGCGAACGGGACGCAUUUGACGCCCUGUUCGACCACGCCCCGGAAAAAUUACAAAUUGUCAAGAAAUCGCUGGUCACGUUCGUCAACAAGCACCUGAACAAGAUGAACUUUGAGGUGACUGAGUUGGAGACUCAGUUUCAUGACGGCGUCUACUUGGUCAUCCUUAUGGGCUUGCUCGAGGGGUUCUUUGUGCCGCAUUACGCGUUCCACCUGACCCCGCACGAGUUCGAUCAGAAGGUGCACAAUGUAAGCUUCGCCUUUGAAUUGAUGGAAGAGGUCGGCCUCAAGCGGCCCAAGGCCAGACCAGAAGAUGUGGUGAAUAUGGAUCUGAAGUCGACCCUGCGCGUGCUUUACAACUUGUUCUUGAAGUACAAAACCAUCGCCUAAUUUUACAAUUUACGCAUGACAUCCUGGUGCCUUUAUACUGCCUUACACUGUAAUCUUGUAAAUUUUAUUUUUAUUAGUGGUUCACUGAUUAACUGUAUGUAUAUUGUUUUUACAAAUAAUAUUUUAAAAAAGUCGUUUUUAACAUAAAAAAAUGCGUCGUUUGUUGCCCAAACAGUCCUUACUUAACCUUAACCAUCAAGGCUUGCGAACUACAAAACCAUCUCCUAACCUCACAAUUUGGUGCUGCUAUCCCAGUACCUUCUACUGCCUUACACUGUAACUUUGCCGUAAAUUUUAUUUUUACCAGAGAUUAGCAGAUUAACUGUGCUU